AUGCUCUAUUCCUCAUCCGCCGCGUUCCUCUACUCCCUGGCAGGUCUUGCCAAUGGCCUACCCGCACCAGCACCUCAGGCGUCAGGAGUCUCUGGCGGCUCAUCGGUGCCAGGCCCUGUCGAUCCCUCGCAAGUCCUGAACAUGCCACUACCGUCAUCGGCAUCAGGCUCGUUGCGCGGUUCGGAUGACUUACAAGGGUACAACCCUUCCAACCCAGUCGACAUGAAGUCUACAGUCAUCCCACCUGAGGACUUCGAGCUCGCACCUGGGCAGUCAGAAGACGAGGAUUUGGGAUUGUAUAUUGAUCUCACGAAUGUGAAGAACCCGCAGCCGAUCCGCGGAGGUACUACAGGACCGACUGAACCUGGUCCACGUACUCCAGCAUAUGAUCGUCUAAAUAGCGACAUCUACGCUCCUCCCGGCUCCGAUAUGGGAGAGGUAAGCAACGCAAAAUGGCCAUUCGGUCUUAGCCAUAACCGCCACGGCCUUGCAGGCGCAGGAUGGGCACGAUCGCAAAACACCGAUCAACUGCCCUCUUCCGUCGCAAUGGCCGGAACAAACAUGCGACUAAGCCCCCAUGCCUACCGCGAGCUCCACUGGCACAAGCAAGGAGAAUGGGCAUACAUGUUAAACGGUAGCGUGCGUAUCGCCUCCAUGAACGAAGCAGGCCAAACCUUCGUCGACGACGUCCAAGAAGGCGACGUGUGGUUCUUCCCGCCCGGCAUCCCGCACUCCAUCCAAGCCUUCGAAAACGGCUGCGAAUUCCUGCUCAUCUUCAACGACGGCUCCUUCAGCGAAGAAAACACCUUCCUCCUCUCCGAGCUCAUGCUGCGGAACCCAGAGUCCGUGGUAGCCAAGAACUUUCGCACGAGUGUCAAAACAGUGCAGAACAUGCCCCAGGAACAGUUGUGGAUCUUCCCCGGUACCCCCGCGCCAAAGAACAUCUCAGAGCAGAACGUAACGGGCCCCGCGGGCUUGAUACCAAAAGAAGGCGCAUAUUCCUACCACUGGAGCCAACAAGCCCCCGCCCGCGUCCCCGGCGGCACCAUCAAGAUCCUCGACCCCUCCACCUUCCCCAUCGCAUCCACCUUCUCCGCCGCCCUCAUCACCGUCGAACCCGGCGCCAUGCGCGAAAUGCACUGGCACACCACCUCAGACGAAUGGUCGUACUUCAUCGCCGGCUCCGCCCGCCUCACCGUCUACGAAGCACCAGCCGCAUCUCGCACAUUCGACUUUACGGCUGGUGAUGUCGGGUACGUGCCUGUGCCUAAUCCGCAUUAUCUUGAGAAUACGGGGAACGAGACACUGGUUUAUUUGGAGGUGUUGCAGAGUAGUCAGUAUAGCGAUAUUAGUGUUAAUCAGUGGUUGGGGAUUACGCCGAGGCAGAUUGUUAAGGAUCAUUUGAAUGUGGGGGAUGGGUUUUUGGAUGGGUUGACGAAGGAUCAUGGGUUUGUGGUGCAGGGGGAUAGGGAUUUGGGGACGACGGAUUUUACGCCGGGGGAUCAUGGGGGUGCGUAG